AUGGCUCUCCUCUUCGUAUUCCUUCUUCCUCUGCUCCUAUCCAUCUCAUCUAGCGCAAAUGGCGCCCAAGCAUCCGCUCUGGCUAGCAGACGCGGGCUGCAGCAGGGUGGGCAGCCGACCUGCCCUGCGCAGUGCCAGGUGGGGCCCCGAGGGCCGCUCGAUGGCUGUGACUUCGCCUUCGAAGGCUCCAGCGACUCCAUCCCCACCUUCAACAUCGUACCGCCCAACGCUACUGCAGGUGACUUUGCCAUCAGCCCGCCAGUGGUGGUGAAGGAGGGCAGUGGAGUAACCAUCUCCAGCACGGGCAUCGCGACCUUCUUCUGCACCACUGCGCUCACGGGCCCGUGCGACGCUGGUAACCAGUUCUACAUCACCUCCGAGGGCAACAGCUCGCUGGUCUUCGUUCGCUCCUUCAGCCAGCAAGCGGUGGCCUUCUUUCAGAACAGGUGGGUACGGCUGCCCAUCCUGACAGCCCAGAUCCCACAGGGCGGCACCGUGCUGAACAUCAACCCCGGGGAUAACAACCCCACGUACCCCGAGGCACGCCGCCACCCCUCCAACUCCUCCUCCCCAUCCUCCAUCCCUCCCACCUCCUCCAACACCCACCCCUCACCAACGCACCCAUCCUCACCGCACUCCCACCCAUCCUCACCGCAUCAACCGCUCUUCCUCCCAUCCACGUGGUGCCCACGGAACCCCCCACUGAAACGCGGGGAAGGAGCGGGGAAGCUUCUGUUCAUAGACGCACACGUGGCAGGGGCGGCAGGGGACAUGCUAGUCGCGUCACUGCUGGACCUAGGCGUGCCAUCAACAGUGGUGGAGGGGGCAGUGGAGGCCAUGGGUCUUUCACAUGUGACCUGCAGGGUGGAGGCCACUCAACGAUCCGCUAUCACUGCUCCGCUCUUCUCGGUGGAUGACGGGGCGAACCAGCCCUACAGGGACUACGCGGCCAUCCGCCAUCUGCUGGCCAAUAGCAGCCUGCCACGUGGCGCCAGGGACAUUGCCAGCCGGGCGUUUCGGCUGCUGGCGGAGGCGGAGGCGUGUGUGCAUGGCAUGGCCGUGGAUGACGUGCACUUCCAUGAGGUGGGCGCGGUGGACAGCAUAGUUGACAUGGUGGCAGCAGCAGCAGCCAUAGACUACCUCGCACCAUCGCACAUAGCAGCCUCGCCCCUCCCCAUGGCACGAGGAAUCAUCAGCGGCGCUGCUCACGGCCCUCUGCCCUCCCCUGCCCCCGCCACUCUUGAGAUCCUGUGCCGGGCCAAUAUCCCCACUCCUCUAGGGGCCAAUAUCCCAACGUUUGCUGCAGGGUGUAAGGGCGAACUCGUCACCCCCACAGGCGCAGCCCUCCUUGCUGCCAUCACCCACACCUGGACUCCCUGGCCUGACUGCCGCCCUUGCCGAGCCUCGUACGGAGCUGGCACCAAGGUUCGGCAGGACCGACCCAACCUGCUACGUCUGGUGCUGGCAGACCCAAUGUGA